AUGACAAACGAGUGGAUUGAUUAUGCUGAGAAUGUUCAUGCACGGACGCCAUUCAAGUAUCCACCAAACAAUAAUAGUUUAAUAACGAAUAACAAUAGUUUCUUGACGACCAACAUGCACCAUCAGCCGCAGCAACAAUUCUAUAACAAAAUGGGAAUAAAACCAUUCAAUAAUAAUUUAAAUAACAAUAAUACAAAUGCACUCAAUCAUUAUAGUCUAAUGAAUAAAUUUCAAAAGCCAUCACGAGAUCAACCGCAAAUGCCACCGCUGACGCCUGGCACGAACAAGAAACUCACCGAUGUAUUGAAACAAUCGUUUGCAUCCUGGGAUAAAGAAGUACAAUCAUAUAAAAUUUCAAAGGAUCCUCGUCAGUGGACUUCUGAACAUAUCAAGUAUUGGUUGGAGUGGGUGAAACGUGAAUUCACAUUAGAGAUUAGCAAUAUUGAUGCAUUCAAAAAGAUGCAUGGACGUGAUUUGAUUGGCUUGGGACGUGAAGGCUUCCUAGCAAUCGCACCGGUUUACACUGGCGAUAUUUUGUGGGAGCACUUAGAGAUUCUACAAAAAGAUUGUGAAAAGCCAUCGACCAAUGAUCAGCUGUACGAAAGCAAUAUAAAUACAACGACAUCGUCAACGGACUUAAGUGAUUUCAUUAAUAGCAAUACAUCAACCAGCGGCAAUACGACAACAACAAACACAAACACGUCAACUAACAAUAGCAACAACAAUAGCAAUCAAUUAAACGGACAAGAUAACUUUCCUGCUGGUGGUAAGUACAAGUAUUUUACAUCAGUUUUUCUUAAAUAGAAUUUCUUACACAAAAACAUCCAAUUGUUUGGAAAAGUUUCCAUGUAAGAGUGGAAAGGUGGAGAAUAAUUUAAAUGUUAACGGUCAAGAGCAAUUGUUGAACAUGACAACACAAAACGAAGACGAAUCAACACCGCGAAGAAUGACAAAAAAAAAUUCUUA